GGGACAGGACCCGCGCGCUGAAGAUUGGGAGCGGCCAGAGGCGCGGGGAGGCCGGCGGUGCCGGAGGGUCGCUCGGGGGUCCGGCCGCCUGCGAUUGCCACACUGGAAACUUACACCUAUUGUGGAGAGCCAGAUUUUGCCACUCUGGCUGUGAUUUCGUUUUCAAAAAGGGUUUUAAGAUUCUGAUUCACGGCCUGCGACUUCCGGACCCAUCAGUACUAAAACAAUGCCAAUUCUAAGAAGCAGCUCAGGGUCCGCAGACAGUAAUAUUGCACAUGAGCUUUCUAGUGUGCACGAAAUGAUAUUUUCAAAUGAAAUGCUGCCUUCUGACAAGAAUUCAACCAGCUUGAUGGGGAAGACUGGGUACCAGGAUUCCAUCUACCUCAGUGCCGCUCACAUUUUUCAAGGCAUCCGUAACGAAAAACCCCAAGAUAAAAUACUGGUGAAAUAUGGGAUCGGGCCGUUGCCAUCUCUUCCGGAUUUCAAAGACGAACAGUUCCAGCGUUUGUCCUACGAACUGGCGUUCAGUGCUCUAAAAUAUCAAGAUGUUUUGGAAAAUAUAUUGAUAGACAGUGGCAUUUAUCCAAUUGAGUCAAUAUCAGAUGACUUGACCAGCUUAGUCGUGGUGAUGCUCUACGAUCUCCAGGAUCGGAAGUUUGAAGCGCGCUGUAAUUCUGAGGAUGAGGAAACAAUAGCAGAUGUUCGAGAAGUCGAGCAUUAUCUAUGCAGUUGUAAGACCAAACUAGCCGCUGCGCUAGCAAGAUGUCGAAUCAAGCAUGAUGCACUUUCGAUCGAACAUAUUCUGCCAGAAACUAUUCGGAAACAAGAGCAGAGGGCAUCUACCCUGCCCCUGUACACCUGGGUGAACACGCUGAAAGUAAGCCUGGAAGAAGUUCAUAGCCUUUUACAGAAAGAAGGCUUCACAAAAGUAGAAUCUAUCUCAGAUUUUGAUGGUUAUGCAUAUUGCCCGGAUAAGCACUGUGAAGAUGUACUCAUUUUCCCGUCUUUUCUUAAAGAAAAGCUCCUUACUUUGGAACUGUUUACUAAUUACAAGCUCCUAUUGCAAGAUAACUCUCGGAGUCUUGCGGUGCAUUCGGUGAAAGCCCUGCUGAAUAUGGACGAUGACAUUUUAGUUGCACAAAUGGGGUCGUGGCUCACCCUGGCCCACAUGUCAGUGCUGACCAAUCAGGAUACUUGCCGAGUGUUUGUAUGCGGAGUAAAAUCCAUGGCCAAGGAAGCUGAACUGAAGGAUUUGUUUGCAAGGACGGAGUGCAAAAAUAUUGAGCUGCUUCAUGAAGAUUUUACAAACAUUGAACCAACUUAUUCCAAACUGCAGAAAGUGAAAGUGAUUUUGCUCCUGCCUCGCUGUUCAGGCCUGGGUGUUAGCAAUCCAAUCGAAUUUAUUUUAAAAGAGCAUGAAGAUGCAGAGUUACUUAGAGAUCUCUCUCAAGGAUCAGUAGCUGAAGAUAAAUUGAGCAUACUUGCUCAACAGCAGCUGAAAGAGCUGACACAUGCAAUGCAGUUUCCUAAAGUGCAAGCAGUGGUCUACUGCACCUGCUCGGUUUACCCAGAAGAAAAUGAAGUGGUGGUGAACAAAGCCUUGGCAUCUGGAGCAGAAGGAGCAAAGGCCCAGCCGUACAAGCUUUGUCCACCAGUUCUUCCUUUGUGUUCUAAGUUGGAAGUCAUCUCAUCUGCACAGAACUUUUUCCAGCUGGAGCCCUCAGAUAUUUCUAAUAGCUGUUUUAUAGCUGUUUUAAGCCGAGAGAGAGACCCAUCUGAGUCUGUGUCCGUGAAAGAUGUUUUAGCUCGUGCCGCAGCAAAAGGAUUGUUGGAAGGAAUUGAUUUAGCAAAGCCAUCUAAGAGAGAAGAAAAAAAGAAAAAGAAACACAAAGUAAUUCAGAUGAAGAAUCCGCUUAAAGAGGCAGUGAUGCAGUCUCGGAUUCAGGAAUUCCUGGAACGAGAGACGAAACCUGGUAUGAUUGAUACAGACUCUUGCGUGUCUAACGUGGUUGCCAGUACUUCUCAGAUGAUGGCCCAAACCAGUGAGUCCAUAGCCUUGAAGAAAACAGCCCAACCCCUCUCAAACUCAUCUCUGCCUGUGAUGGCAAAGAGUAACCUCACCACCACCUCAUCCAUGCAAAAAAUGCUUGAGAAACAUCGGAAUGCCAGGAAGCCCAAGUCUGAUGAUCGGGUCAUGAUCUUGAAACCUGUUGAGAUUGUCCUGCCUCCUGUGAUGAUGCCUUAUUUUAACCCACAAGGGAACAGGGCUCAGAUUUCAGCUAACCACUAUUAUUAUCGUUGGAUUGGUGCAAAAACUGGAACACUGAGCCCUUCAGGAUCCAAAAAACUGAUUAAGUCAAAAGAGCCCUCUCCACCUUCAGUGGCCAAGCAGUCUCGUCCGUGGCUUUGAAGACGUCGUGAUCUUUAUUCUUUCAGAACUUGAGACCGAUUUUCAUCUAACAGUAAACUCCUGAAUAUCAUUUGGGCACUAAAUGUAAGAAGCAAAGCGCUUUUAGAAAGCAAUUAAAAUGCAGAUCUCUUUUCAUGGCUAUUAUGAAUGUAGCAGAAGAGCUGUUUUGCAAAGGUUUUUAUUAUGUAAUGCUUGCAUCCAGUUUCAGUUCCUUUUGAAUGUCAAAAGAUCUAAUAUUCACACUUGGAUUAUGGAGAUCAUUGGAGGAAACUUUAUAUGGGCAAUAGCUAAUUAGUUUUAAGCCACAACAGAGACAAAUUUUGUCUGAAUGUAUUUAAAGCAACUGCAUUCUAAGGCUAGCCACUACAGUUAUAAAUGAAAACGGGGGCUGUACAAAUAGAAAAGGAUGAUAACUGUUUAUUCCCAAGGCAUUGCAUAUCAUUUCCCUUGGGAAUUUGGAAUAUGUUGCCCUUUUCUGCCUUAAGAAGAUCACUUCUGGCCUACAAAAUUAUCCUUGAAGACUUCUGCCUGCUUAACAAUCCUCUCAGUCUUCUCUUAAGAACAGCAUUUUAAAAAGUUUAUAGUGGUCAUUGCUUUGAAAGAUAAAUCGUAACAACGAAGAAAGUUAAAACAUUUGGACAAGAGAAUAUUUCUGGCUUUGUUGGUUUAACAGCAUCAUUAUUACAUGCUUUCAUUUGGCUUCGACGUGACACCAAACUUCAUUAGCAAGUCAGUAUAAAUCAUUAUUAUGCCAUAUGGUUAACUGGAAACAGCAUAUUAAACAAUUCCUGAUUA